AUGGAGCCUUCAACUGUUGAUAAAAUGAAAAUGGGUGCUGCUAUGGGAGGCACGGUUGGUUUAUGUAUCGGCUUUGUUUUUGGAAGUAUAAGUCUCAUUCGUUUUGGUCCAGGCAAUAGUAAUCCCAUCACACUACUCAGUAAAUAUAUGCUUGGAUCUGCUGCUUCAUUUGGUCUUUUCAUGUCUGUUGGUACCGUAGUUCGUUCUGAAAACAGGUUACCCAUGUCAGCCUAUGAGAGACGAUUACCCGUGAUUAUGAAACAAAGAGACAACAAAUAA